AUGUCGACUCCCACGCACACUCCUACUCCUACUCCCACUCCGCAGUCGACUUCUUCGGCCGAGUUGACAGGCGCCGCAAAACUCGAGGAAGUGACGAGGCUUAUGAGCAAGCUCACGACAGACCUACAAGAGAUCAAUCUCCUCCCACACCAACGGGAUGCACACCUGGACCAGCUUAAAGUAUAUGGGCGGGACCCCACCAAUGCGGACCCGAUAUUCACCAAAGAGGCAAGUCGUAACUUUCCCCCUGCGGGGAUAGAAACCUUGACUCGACAUGCCUUCAACAGCCCUUCACAAGCCACUUCGCGAAAUGCCUUGCGAUGUCUAGCAAAUGCGAUGCUCCUCAAAGCGGAUACGAGACAGACAUUUGUGGAUUUGGAAUACAUGUCCAAGGCAUGCAACAAAUUGAAGUUUGAUAGUUGGGAAGACGAAUUCUUAGUCUCAAGGAUCGUCUUUCUUACGACCUAUGACACAAAUAUCGAUAUCGAAAAGCUCAUCGACGAGGACCAUCUAGCUGAGAGCAUCUGCUCAAAUAUCAACCGACAUGCGAAGCAAUUCGGCCCUAAGCCUAAGAAGCCCAAGGAGCCGAUGGAAGACAUGGCAUUGAACGAAACAUUAAAGCUACUCUUCAACGUCACACACUUCUGUGCCCAACGUAGCGGAGCUUUCUCCCAAGCUUUACUACCUAUUCUUGUCAUCCUAAGCAGAUGGCCUAUACCUACACCAAGACCCCUCGAUCCUCCAAUUUCUCCCCUCAUCAACGCACUAAUCAACCUCGACUUUGAAUCGAAGGAAAGUGUCUCCACCCUCUUUCCCAAAUCCACACCAAACAUCUACGUUGACCGGUUACUCGACCUCCUAGACCAAGCAACGAAAACCUACACUGACGACGAACUCGAACACUCUGUUUCCCCACUAGUCACACUCCUCAGAAAGCUCUAUGAAGUCGCCCCCGACGACACUAAGGAACAAAUGCGGAAGUCCAUCCUCCCAUCUUCGGUAGACAGACAAAAGCCGCUUGGAAGGGCCGAGACACUCGCCUCACGACUUCUUCGCCUCGCUACCAACCCCGCGACCCCACAACUCCGCGAAUGCACAUCUAGCCUACAAUUCGACAUGAGCGACAAAGAUGCGAGGACCUUCGUUCAGAAUGUCGGUUAUGGCUUCGCCGCCGGGUUUUUAUUCGGGCAUAAUGUACCAAUUCCAGAGAAUGCUCUAGAAGCGUGGAGUACGAGUGGGGGCGAGACUAGCGGUGCGACGGCGAGCCAGGAAAGUCGCGGUCUUGAGGGGAAGGUCAAUCUAAUCACAGGCCAGUUCCUAGAUAUGGAGGAGAAAGUCGAGAUUAACAUGACGGAGGAGGAGAAAGAGAGAGAGGCAGAGCGGCUGUUUGUUCUUUUUGAGAGGUUAAAGAAGACGGGCGUAAUGAAUGUACAGAAUCCUGUACAGACUGCUCUGCAGGAAGGCAGAUUCGAGGAGCUACCCGAUGAUGCGGACUCUGAUUAG